GCAGAGGAGAAAUAGCGUAUGGGAGUUGUGUUUUGAUUGGAGAACCAGAACCCCCAGAACUGCCCCACUAACUCACUCAGUUAUGCAAGAAAGAAUAAUGGAGCGAUGCCCUACUAUCCUUGCAAAGAAGGGAGAGAUUUAUGUGGGAGAGGAUAAAAUAAGUAAACUGCCAGAUGAAGUCCUGGUGUCCAUUCUGUCUCGCUUAACAAUGAAAGAAGCAGCAAGGACUAGUGUUGUUGCCCAUCGAUGGCUCAAAGUCUGGACUUUUUGUCCCUCCUUAAAUUUUGAUGAUUCACAGACUUUUCUAUCUCUUUAUGGAGAAUCAAGAAGUCCUUCUGAGGAGCAGAAGCAGGGAUAUGUUAAUCGGGUAAAUAGUGUCUUGGAGGCAUAUCAAGGAUCCACCAUAGACGACUUUCAAGUUCAUUUUGACUUGGAUGCAAAGUACAAAUGUGAUAUUGAUAGAUGGGUUAAUUUUGUAUUCCAAAAGGGUGUUAAACGACUUGUGAUAGACUUCGGGCUUUAUUAUGUUGGUGGCAUGCGUGAAAAUAAUGUUUACCCUUUCCCUCUGUCAUGUAACAACAGUGCUCUCUGGAGGACUCAGACUCUGCAUUUGCUAAGUGUUCUCAAGCUAAAGUAUGUGGAUGUUAGUGGAGCUGUUGUUGAAUAUUUCAUAUCUGCUUGCCCCUUCCUCGAAAAAUUGACCAUUGAAGGAUCAACUUCCCAAGAUCUUGUCCAUCUAAAUGUUCAAUCGCAUUGCUUGAAGAAAGUUAAGUUAUAUCACUGCUGGCAGAUGAAAAGCAUAUGUCUAUCUACAACAACUCUAUUGUCUUUCAAGUUUUAUGGUUCCACAAUUGACAUAUGCUAUGCAAAUGUCCCCAAUCUUGUCGAAGUAUUUCUUGGAGGGAGUUUUCCUGAGCUUGCCAUCGCCUACUUUCCUCGGCUUUCAAAUUGUCUGUCUCGGCUAGAGAGGCUUACAAUAUAUGUGCCAGUGCUCCCGGAGGAAGAUAUGGAUGAAGAUGGGGAACCGCCAGAAUUUCCUGUGUUGACAAAGCUCAAAAUUUUGAAAUUGAGAGUUAGUGCAGAUAAUUUUGACAGUCUUCUUGUUUUUGAUUCCUUGAUGAAGGCAGUUCCUUCAUUGGAUCGACUUGUGGUACAGUUUAGUAAUUGGUGGGCGGCUCCUUUUAGGAGGAGGGCACAAAAAGUCCCAAAGUCUCCACUCCGAUGCCUCAAAGUAGCCGAACUUGUUGGGUUUUGGGGGCGAAUUCCUGAACUGGAAUUUGCCACAUAUUUGAUUAAGAAUGCGGUUAUGCUAGAAAAAAUUAUCAUCGAUCCUAUCCCUUAUCAUCGUGUUGGAUUGCAGUUUGAUACUGAUGACGAGAGAUUGAAGAAGAUACAAGCUAGUAAGAAAUGUGCAAUGCGACUCAGAUCUAAAUUCUCUCUCGGAAACAAAUUAGUGCUCCGCAAUUUUUGAGUUCAAUUUAGCUAUUUUGUAAUACUUGAGUUCGAUUUUAGAUGCUAUUUAUCUCUGUAUCACUUUAUGCGGCAAGCGGGUUUUUUUUAUUUUCUUAUAUUUGUGUGUGCCCUUUGCUAGAGAUUAGGGCAAUAUGUUCUGGUCUGUCUCAUUUCUACAUUUAGGUGCUUGUAUCUUGAAUUACCUAAUGAUGGUGUGAAUGAAGACAUGAUCAUAUUUCGCAGCA